AUGAGAUGCAGAGGUUGUGGCAAGAACAAACUGUCAAAAGAAUUUUUCAGCAUCCCUCUCUCAAACUCUGAGCAGAUCUGCACUCUAUGUCUUGCUUGUGCUGCUGAAAGUAAACAUCUUCCAAACGAGGACCGAGAAUUUGCUCGUCACAGUUUGCAGGAUAAUGUUCUUUUAGAGACACCUUCAUCAAACAUGGCGUCCUCUACAUCAACAAGUUUUGAUCACAGCUCUUCUUCAUCUAUUACUCAUGUUAUCAUUUCCACCUUGGAAGGAGAAAAAUAUCAAGUCCCAAUUCACUCACUGGCAAGCACAACUGUACAAGUCCUCAAGCUUGAAAUUCAGAAAAUCACCAACAUACAUCACACCAAACAGUGUCUAAUGUUCAAUUCGGAAGAACUGAACAAGGAUAGAUUGCUUGGUUCCUAUCCAAACCUCAUUAGUGGCUCCACAGUAUUCUUGAUGGUGUUACUCUAUCACAUUGCCGACAGUAGUGACAUAAAAGAAAUUGAAUUCAACUUGGUUUGGGGAUUUUCAGGAAGUGCAGACUAUCUUGAUGGCACGUGCAUCUUCUUUUCGUCGGAUAGAAAAUAUGUAGACUGUCUGGAUUUCAGGAGUACAACCUGCUUGAAUGGAUCCUUCCGUCACUCAGGAGAUGUUAUGACCUCUUCUUCAGGUAAUCAUGUUAUCAAAGCCAAACUUAGCGAGGUACCUUCUAACGUUCAAUAUGUUUUCUUUGUGCUUAGCUCAUACAAUUCACCAACUAUUGAGCACUUUUUAUCUCCAGGAUUCAAAUUUUUUGAUGUAAACCAUCCAGAAACAAUGUUGAGCGAAUACAACAUACAAAAGGCUGCCAAGUCGCAAGCAGUACUGGUCUCUGUUCUUUACAGAACCGGAACUGGUUGGAAUAUCGCUGGUUUGGGAAUAUUGUCUGCUGGCAAUGCAAAGAAUUACCAACCCAUUAAAGAAACCGUGUCACAGGUGUUAUCUAAAGGGAAUCUAUAA